CAACACAUCAACAGGGUUUCUCCCAUUUUCAACUCCAGUCACAUAGUUCCCUCCCUGACUUCUUCUGCCACCACCAGAUAAAUUGCUGGCAGAUAUACACUUGUGGGUGUUGUAGCUAAUAAGAAUUUCAUUUUAACUAAAAAUAAGGAAAGCAUAAUGAGCACUGGUACGUUUGGAGCAAGUCUAGAGAUAUCAGUUAAGCCUCUGUCUUGUCGUCAGAAAUCGGAUACUUGUUUCUUCAAUGCUGCAAGUAGAUGCAAGUUUGCUACAACAAAUACAUUGUUGUCAUUCGUUUCAUGGAAAGCAAGAAAUAACGGGAUAUGUUGUUUGGCCACCGGUGUACAAGACGGCCUUACAUAUAAAGAUGCUGGUGUUGACAUAGACGCUGGGUCAGAGCUUGUACGGAGGAUUGCGAAGAUGGCACCUGGGAUUGGCGGCUUUGGUGGGCUGUUUCCACUUGGGGAUUCGUAUCUUGUAGCUGGUACAGAUGGUGUUGGAACUAAACUUAAGCUGGCAUUUGAGACCGGGAUUCAUGAUACCAUCGGUAUUGAUCUGGUUGCAAUGAGUGUCAAUGACAUUAUCACUUCAGGAGCAAAGCCUCUAUUUUUUCUUGAUUACUAUGCUACAAGCCACCUUGACGUUGAUCUUGCUGAAAAGGUUAUUAAAGGAAUUGUUGAUGGUUGCCAACAAUCUGAUUGUGCUCUUCUGGGUGGAGAGACUGCAGAGAUGCCAGAUUUUUAUGCCAAUGGUGAAUAUGAUAUCAGUGGUUUUGCGGUUGGCAUCGUAAAGAAAGAAUCAGUUAUUAACGGAAAGAACAUCUCGGUGGGAGAUGUGCUCAUUGGCCUGCCAUCCAGCGGAGUUCACUCAAAUGGUUUUUCUCUUGUUCGAAGGGUGCUGGCUAGAAGUGGACUCUCAUUAAAGGAUAAACUCCCUGGUGAAUCUAUUACGUUAGGCGAAGCUUUGAUGGCUCCAACUGUAAUAUAUGUUAAACAGGUGCUGGAUAUAAUCAGCAAGGGAGGCAUAAAAGGAAUUGCCCACAUCACAGGUGGCGGUUUUACAGAUAAUAUCCCGCGUGUUUUUCCUGAAGGACAUGGUGCUCUCAUUUACAAUAACUCUUGGCCAGUCACUCCUGUUUUCAAAUGGAUUCAAAAGGCUGGAAGCAUUCAAGACGCUGAAAUGAAGAGAACUUUUAAUAUGGGAAUUGGGAUGGUUCUGGUUGCUAGUAAAGAGGCUGCAGACAGGAUACUUAAUGGAGGGGAGACAGCAUACCGUAUUGGUGAAGUGGUAAGUGGUGAGGGUGUAAGUUAUCAAUGAUAGGCAAUUAACGAGUGGCUUGUCAUGAUCCUUUCAGGGGUGAGAUCUAUUAACAUAAGUCUGCGGCGUUUGUAUUGCUUUUUUAGCACUGUACUUCCUAUUUCCUAAUUCCGGAGACGGAAAUAAUGUUUAAUGGAAAAUUUUGUGACUUGCAUAAAACUAGGUUGUGUAUUCAAGCUUUUUAUUAUGUCUUUUGUCUUUCAA